GUAGAAACACAAUUGGAUCAGAUAUUGAUGGAUUUAUAAACCGUUUAGGUUCCAAUUUUUUUUGUGAAGAGUUGAAGACGCCGGCGUAGAACGAGGACCGCGCGCAGUAGCGCUGAUCACGGCGAAAGCGCGUCGCCGAGGGCUUCGUACUUUGAAUUGUUCUUCACGCGCCCACAGAGAAAAAAUAAGAAGUUUACGCGUUCAGGCAACAUCCUUCGGUUUAUCUCCUCUUUGCUGCCCUUUCUCCCUAUUAUAAAUCUUCAUUGCCUUCAGGAUGUCGCAGAUGUACCGUAAUGCUGCGUCGGAUACGCUGUUUCUCAAUGGACAGAAAUUGAGUGGAAACGACAUCAGAGACCAGAAUGUUGUUGCGACACAAGCAAUUGCGAAUGUGGUCAAGUCAUCCCUGGGACCUGUCGGUCUCGACAAGAUGCUUGUGGAUGAUAUUGGUGAUGUCACUGUCACAAACGAUGGUGCCACGAUCUUGAGUCUACUCGAUGUCGAGCACCCCGCUGGAAAGAUUCUAGUCGAGCUUGCUCAGCAGCAGGACCGUGAGGUCGGUGAUGGAACUACCUCUGUUGUCAUCAUCGCCUCAGAGUUACUGCGUCGUGCUAAUGAUCUCGUCAAGAACAAGAUCCACCCCACGACAAUCAUCACUGGUUACAGACUUGCUCUGCGAGAGGCUACAAAAUACUUGACCGAGGUCAUGAGCGUAAAGACUGAUACUUUGGGAAAGGAUGUUUUGAUCAAUAUUGCAAAGACCAGCAUGUCUAGUAAGAUCAUUGGAAGUGACUCUGAUUUCUUUGCGUCUCUUGUUGUCGAUUCACUUCUUGCUGUCAAAUCUACCAACAACCGUGGCGAGGUCAAGUACCCGGUCAAGGCGGUCAACAUUCUCAAGGCUCACGGCAAGUCCAGUCUCGAGUCUGUGCUCGUGAAGGGCUAUGCGCUCAACUGUACUGUUGCCAGUCAGGCUAUGAAGACCAGCAUCACUGGAGCAAAGAUUGCCUGCCUUGAUAUCAACUUGCAGAAGGUGCGAAUGCCGCUCGGUGUCAGUAUCACUAUCGAAGAUCCCGACGAGCUGGAGCAGAUCAGAAAGAAAGAAAACACGAUUGUCUUGGAGCGUGUGCAGAAGAUCAUCAAUGCUGGCGCCAAUGUUGUUUUGACAACCAAGGGAAUCGACGAUCUGUGCCUCAAGUCGUUCAUCGAGGCUGGCGUCAUGGCCGUUCGACGAUGCAAGCGUGAGGAUCUGCGGAGAAUCGCACAUGCCACUGGUGCUACAUUGAUCAACAGCAUGUCAAACUUGGAGGGCGACGAGGUUUUCGAGCCUUCUUAUCUUGGGUUUGCAGAGGAGGUUGCGCAGGAACGUAUUUCGGACGACGAGUGCAUUCUUGUCAAGGGAACCAAGGCUUAUAGCUCCAGCUCUAUCAUUUUGCGGGGUUCCAACGACUUCCAAUUGGAUGAGAUGGAGAGAUCGGUGCAUGACUCGCUUUCUGUGGUGAAGCGUGCUCUCGAGAGCGGAAGCGUUGUUCCUGGCGGUGGUGCGGUUGAGACUGCGCUGAGUAUCUAUCUCGAGAACUUUGCUACGACUUUGGGAAGCCGAGAGCAGCUGGCUAUUGCCGAGUUUGCUUCUGCGCUGCUGGUGAUUCCGAAGACGCUGGCGGUGAACGCUGCCAAGGACUCGUCAGACCUUGUUGCGAAACUGCGAUCGUACCACGCGGCGAGCCAGAGCGCUCCGUCUACUGAUCUGAAGAGAAAGGGAUACAAGAACUACGGAUUGAAUCUCUGGGACGGCAAGGUCACGGAUGAGAUGAAGGCCGGUGUUCUUGAGCCGAGCAUGAGCAAGAUCAAGUCGCUGAAGAGUGCUCUGGAAGCGUGUGUCGCGAUUCUCAGAAUCGACACGAUGAUCACUGUGCAGCCCGAGCAACGGGAGGAGGACCCGCACGGGCACUAAGAGACAAGAGACACGGAGACGAGAGAACAAGUUGCAGAAAAAGGCAUUGUAAAUAUAUAUGAGAUGUGUUUUUUGUAGUUAGUCAAUAGUAUACGAUAUAUUGCGCCUAUCGCGGUCAC